CGGCCCUGGGGGUGUGGCUGCAGGCAGGAGCGCAUCUUCUCAGCCCAGACGCGCAGCUCUCGCGGGUGGGUCGGUUCACGCCACCCUAGCUUAGCUUCCACUUCCGCCGUGCUUUUCGGAAUCUUACCCGAGGCAGGACUUGAGCAACAGCCGCAGGAUCUCAACCUUGCGAGGGCCGGGCCGGGCGGGCCGUGCGCAUGCGCAGACUCCUCACAACCGGAAGCCGCGGAGCUGGGCAUGGCGGCGGCGGCCGAGGGUGUCCCGGCGACCCGACGUGAGGAGCCCGUUCGAGCUACCAGUGAAGACUACAAGCUCCUUGAAAAUAUGAAUAAACUAACCAGCUUGAAGUAUCUUGAGAUGAAAGAUAUUGCUAUAAACAUUAGUAGAAACUUAAAGGACUUAAACCAGAAGUAUGCUGGCCUACAGCCUUACCUGGAUCAGAUCAAUGUAAUUGAGGAGCAGGUUGCAGCUCUUGAGCAGGCGGCCUAUAGGCUGGAUGCGUAUUCAAAAAAACUGGAAGCCAAGUACAAGAAGCUGGAGAAACGCUGAAAAACUUACUUUUAUGGGACAAAGCCUUUUUUUUUUUUUUUUUUUAAAUAUGGAAGAAUGUUGUAUAAGACCUGAAUCCUGAGGCUAAUGAAUUGUCCAGAUACCUCAAAAGGAAGCCGUGCUGGUCAUCCCAGGAACACCCCAGCGCUGGAGUGACCCGAGGACUGCGGCUCCCCCAAACCUCCUUUGAGGCAGUAUCCCUCAGACUUCAGCUCCUUGCCUUUUACUUGAAAGCUUCAUCAUCCACUUAGGAAAGAGACGCUCUCAAAGCUCAGGAUAAACCUGGGCUUGCCAGGAGAAUCAAAUGUUUUCUCUGGUAGUGGUUUUUUAGUCCCUUAUUUUCUUAAAUGGCUGAUUUUUUGAGUUAUUGUGUAAAUGGCUGUUCUUUUCUAUUAAUGAUGCUAAUGUAUUGUUAACAAGAAUCUAAAUUAAAAAAGGAAAACAAACUUGUUCUUCGCAGCUUAUACUCUGUUAGUUAUUUACUUUUCUAUGUUAUUGCAAAUAAUUGAAAAUUGUGUGUAAUUCCAAGCUGAGUUAUCUAGACUGAGCAGAAAUCGUGAAAGGAGUGUUCUGAUAGCCCUUCCUGCCACGGCCGACGUGCGCCGUGACUCAAGUGUCCCUGGGGCAGAAUUACAUGUUGACAAGUGCUCCCUUUUGGAAAUGUGAUAAAGACAACAUGUGUGUACAUGUUGGAUGGGGAGACCGCCCCUCAUA